AUGUCGAGACACUCCAUGCCUCUUCUGCUGAUUGCCACCAUGCUGCCCAUGUUAACACAUGGGUUUGUCGAAUCUAAAUAUUUAAAAACUCGAGUAUUUUACGAACCAAGUGGAUGUGAGGAGAACAUAUUUUACAACUAUCUGAAAACGACAACAAGCUCAACCCCAUCGUCUUGUGGUUUACAAUGUUCAACAACUACAGAUUGUAGAAGGAUCAUGUUUGAUAGAAAAACUAAAAUAUGUUUGAUGUUUGAGUCUGGUGAAAAUUGUUUCCAUCAUGAAAAUAUUGAAGAUAAAGAUUGUUAUAGACUGAGGUACGUAGCCUCGGGACAAAACUACACACGCUGCCCAAUUGGUUAUUACGGUGAUACUUGUCAAAAUAUUAUAGAAGAUUGUAGUGAUGGUUUCAAUCGAUUCAGACCAGUUCAAUUAAUAUCCUAUAUCAAACCAGCGGCGUCAGAUAAAGUAUUGGUAGCUAACUGUCAUUUUAAUUGGGAUGGAAUGACUUAUGUGCAAUAUCGAUUUAGUAAAUGCCUGGAAGAAGACUUCAACAGAACCUGGACUGAGUAUGUCAACGGAUUUGGACACAACCAUGGUGAGCAUUGGCUUGGAUUACAAAACAUGUACAACAUACUCCAGAAUUACGACUCAUACAAACUACAGAUUUAUUUAUCUAUAAAUGGUCAGGGUUGGCAACACUACUACUAUUCAUUCCACCUACAAAACGAGACAAGUGCAUUUAGGUUUUCUAAAUCUAGAAUCAAAGGUCAUUCCGAGUUUCCAGCAGGCGAUUCUCUUACCAACGGAAGCUAUAGUUUAGAAGGUCGACCGUUUUCAACUUAUGAUCGUGACCAAUCUAACAACGAUUGUCCAGAUAGGUUUAAAGGCGGAUGGUGGUAUUUAGAUGAUCCAGUAUGUUCAAGAGGGAAUUUGAAUGGUAGGCGCAACGCUACGAAUUUUGAGAGCCGCAUUCAUUGGCUCGAUAACCUUGGAACAUUAACUGAUUUUUCUGAAGUUCAGAUUCGACUGACCAGGGAAUAA